AUGAUCAGCAAGUUCAUGUCGUGGAUGUGGUCCAUGAUGGAGAUGCCUGGGGGUUUGCUCUUGCUCCUAAUUUUGCAGUUUUUUACAGGGAACAAUUCAGUUCAACCAGGACGACCAGUGGACAACAGUACGGGAGUCGAGGGACAGGUCCGCCUGGCCAAUGAAGGAAACAGCUCCUGCUCUGGCAGAGUAGAGAUCUUCCUCCUUGGACAGUGGGGGACGGUGUGUGAUGACCACUGGGACCUGGUUGAUGCUCAUGUGGUUUGCAGACAGCUGGUUCAACCAGGACGACCAGUGGACAACAGCACAGGAGUCGAGGGACAGGUCCGCCUGGCCAAUGAAGGAAACAGCUCCUGCUCUGGCAGAGUAGAGAUCUUCCUCCUUGGACAGUGGGGGACGGUGUGUGAUGACCACUGGGACCUGGUUGAUGCUCAUGUGGUUUGCAGACAGCUGGGUUGUGGCAGGGCUCGUUCAGCACCACAAAGUGCACGGUUUGGACAGGGCAGUGGGCCCAUCUGGUUGGAUAACGUCAUUUGUUCAGGAAGGGAACCAUCGAUAACAGACUGCAGACAUCCAGGGUUGGGGGUCCACAACUGUGGACAUAAUGAAGAUGCAAGUGUUGUGUGUGAAUGUAGCACAGGAGUCGAGGGACAGGUCCGCCUGGCCAAUGAAGGAAACAGCUCCUGCUCUGGCAGAGUAGAGAUCUUCCUCCUUGGACAGUGGGGGACGGUGUGUGAUGACCACUGGGACCUGGUUGAUGCUCAUGUGGUUUGCAGACAGCUGGGUUGUGGCAGGGCUCGUUCAGCACCACAAAGUGCACGGUUUGGACAGGGCAGUGGGCCCAUCUGGUUGGAUAACGUCAUUUGUUCAGGAAGGGAACCAUCGAUAACAGACUGCAGACAUCCAGGGUUGGGGGUCCACAACUGUGGACAUAAUGAAGAUGCAAGUGUUGUGUUCGAGGGACAGGUCCGCCUGGCCAAUGAAGGAAACAGCUCCUGCUCUGGCAGAGUAGAGAUCUUCCUCCUUGGACAGUGGGGGACGGUGUGUGAUGACCACUGGGACCUGGUUGAUGCUCAUGUGGUUUGCAGACAGCUGGGUUGUGGCAGGGCUCGUUCAGCACCACAAAGUGCACGGUUUGGACAGGGCAGUGGACCCAUCUGGUUGGAUAACGUCAUUUGUUCAGGAAGGGAACCAUCGAUAACAGACUGCAGACAUCCAGGGUUGGGGGUCCACAACUGUGGACAUAAUGAAGAUGCAAGUGUUGUCUGUGAAUUUCAACAAGGACGACCAGUGGACAACAGUACGGGAGUCGAGGGACAGGUCCGCCUGGCCAAUGAAGGAAACAGCUCCUGCUCUGGCAGAGUAGAGAUCUUCCUCCGUGGACAGUGGGGGACGGUGUGUGAUGACCACUGGGACCUGGUUGAUGCUCAUGUGGUUUGCAGACAGCUGGGUUGUGGCAGGGCUCGUUCAGCACCACAAAGUGCACGGUUUGGACAGGGCAGUGGACCCAUCUGGUUGGAUAACGUCAUUUGUUCAGGAAGGGAACCAUCGAUAACAGACUGCAGACAUCCAGGGUUGGGGGUACACAACUGUGGACAUAAUGAAGAUGCAAGUGUUGUCUUCGAGGGACAAGUCCGCCUGGCCAAUGAAGGAAACAGCUCCUGCUCUGGCAGAGUAGAGAUCUUCCUCCUUGGACAGUGGGGGACGGUGUGUGAUGACCACUGGGACCUGGUUGAUGCUCAUGUGGUGUGCAGACAGCUGGGUUGUGGCAGGGCUCGUUCAGCACCACAACAUGCACGGUUUGGACAGGGCAGUGGGCCCAUCUGGUUGGAUAACGUCAUUUGUUCAGGAAGGGAACCAUCGAUAACAGACUGCAGACAUCCAGGGUUGGGGGUCCACAACUGUGUACAUAAUGAAGAUGCAAGUGUUGUGUGUGAAGGAGUCGAGGGACAGGUCCGCCUGGCCAAUGAAGGAAACAGCUCCUGCUCUGGCAGAGUAGAGAUCUUCCUCCUUGGACAGUGGGGGACGGUGUGUGAUGACCACUGGGACCUGGUUGAUGCUCAUGUGGUUUGCAGACAGCUGGGUUGUGGCAGGGCUCGUUCAGCACCACAAAGUGCACGGUUUGGACAGGGCAGUGGGCCCAUCUGGUUGGAUAACGUCAUUUGUUCAGGAAGGGAACCAUCGAUAACAGACUGCAGACAUCCAGGGUUGGGGGUCCACAACUUUCAACCAGGACGACCAGUGGACAACAGUACGGGAGUCGAGGGACAGGUCCGCCUGGCCAAUGAAGGAAACAGCUCCUGCUCUGGCAGAGUAGAGAUCUUCCUCCUUGGACAGUGGGGGACGGUGUGUGAUGACCACUGGGACCUGGUUGAUGCUCAUGUGGUUUGCAGACAGCUGGGUUGUGGCAGGGCUCGUUCAGCACCACAAAGUGCACGGUUUGGACAGGGCAGUGGACCCAUCUGGUUGGAUAACACCAACCGUACACACGCCAUCUACUCCAACAGCUUAUAUCUCUACCGAGGAAAUGUGUCCUUCUCACGUCCUGUGAGUCUUCCCUUCUCCUGUGCGUAUCCCCUCGACACAGACGUCAGCAUGAAUGUGGCAGUCAGACCAGUGCUGCCGUCUGCAGUUGGCCUCUCAGGCUUAGGUAGCAAAGCUCGAGCCUCCAUGUCUCUGUUCCACACCUCCAACUUCACUCAGCCUUAUCCAUCUGGUUUGAUCACGCUCCCUGUGGGCUCACCUCUGCAUGUGGGCGUCUCUGUAUUAGUCAGAGACCCAAGCUUUGUAGUUGUUCUGGAGAACUGCUACGCCUCUAACUCAUCAAACUCCAAUGAUACCGCGCAAUACUUUUUCAUCCAGAACAAGUGCCCCACUGACCGACAGCAAGUGGCAGUGAUCGAGAGCGGCUCAUCCCGACAGGCUCGUUUCUCCGUCCUGUUUCUCCUGAUCCACGGUGAAAACAGUGACAUUUACCUCCACUGCAGCCUCAGCCUGUGUGACCAGAGGAGCUCCCGCUGUGUCCCAUCUUGCAGAAGAAGGACAUCUCGCUCUGCUUCCAGCUCUGCUCCUCUGAAGCCCCUCACCAUUGGACCAAUCACUUGGGACAAGUCACCUGAGUGA